AAUACUUUGAAUGUUAUGCACGCCUCAUGUUGUUGUCGUUUUAUUUUCCCUUCACAUAACUUAACACACUGCUUAAGCCUCGGGUUAUUUUUAAUUUUGUACUGUUUUUCCACCAUCUAAAAGAACACAAAGAGUUAAAAACAAAAAAACCCCCAAAAGAACGCCGGUCUGACCGAAAAGCAAUGCCAGCGCAUGCGCCUUGUGAUGGGAAACAGGGCACAAUGGAGUCGGACGGUGUGACUUGCUGUUACCGGAGACUUGGUCGUGCCGUAUCGCACGAGUCCGUCUCAGACCUAGAUGAGUGCUGUAAGCCCACUGUAGGAUAAGUUUUUCGCUGCCCCGGGUUUAGAGAUAGCCUUCGGAAAACCAAAGCGGAAAAAUCGUAUUACCGGUGAGCAGUUGUGCCCGCAGCUAGCUAACCGAUGCUUUUCCACACGCACACCUUCAGACAAAUAGAGCAGUGACCUUUUUGUUUUUUCCUAUUGUAAAACAAGUGCUUCGUCCACUAAACUUGGUUAUGUGAGGAAACAUGUCAGAAGUUGCAAUUGGCAAGCGAAAGGAAAAGUGUGAGAACUGCACGAAACAGUGCAGCAAGAAGCAGAGUAAUGAAAACCAAGACUCCGCUCCAGAAAAAGCCGAGGUCAAUGGCGAGGCGAAUGAAGAGGACCCGAAGCAGCCGGUCUUGCUGAGUGCCUGUCUGUCCUGCGACCGCUGCGUCUCAGAUGAAGAGAGCCAGCGCAUCUCGCAGCAAAACCUGCAGGAGAUCUACAAAGUUCUGGGCCUCAACAAGAGAUGCGAUGCCUCCAAACACAAAGUGCUGGCGGUGUCUGUGUGCCCCCAGUCUCUUCCCUUCUUUUCCGUCAAAUUCCAUCUGGACGUCCCACAGGCCGCGCAGAAGCUCUGCGGCUUCUUGAAAAGCUUGGGUGUGCACUAUGUCUUUGACACCACGGUGGCCGCUGGCUUCAGCAUCUUGGAGAGCCAGAAGGACUUCAUUCAGAGGUUCCGGCGCAGACACCAUGAUAGCAAUGCUCUUCCCAUGUUUACCUCAUCUUGUCCAGGGUGGAUUCGCUAUGCAGAGCGGGUCUUGGGCAGUCUGGUUACACCACUCAUAUGCACAGCAAAGUCACCUCAGCAGAUCAUGGGGUCUCUUGUCAAAGACUUCUUCACACAGCAGCAGAAGCUGUCCCCGGACAAGGUGUACCACGUAGUAGUGGCCCCCUGCUUCGACAAGAAGCUGGAGGCUGUCAGAGACGAGUUCUACAGCAACCUGCUGGAGACUCAGGAUGUUGACUGUGUGCUCACCUCAGGUGAGGUUCUCCGCAUGAUGGAAGAGAAGGGAGUUUUGGUUGAAGACGUGGACUCUGUGCCUCUAGAUCACGUGCUAGGGGAGUUUAAUGAGGAAAGCUUAAUGCGGCAUGAAGGCAGAAGUUCGGAGGGCUUUCUGGAACACAUCUUCAAGCAUGCUGCCAAGGAGCUCUUUGGCCUGAAGGUGGAGGAGGUGGUGUAUAAGACACUCAGGAACCGCGACUUCCUAGAAGUAUCCCUAGAGCGCGACGGGGAAACCCUGCUGCAGUUUGCAGCUGUCUAUGGCUUCCGUAAUAUCCAGACCUUGGUGCACCGCAUGAGGAAAGGGAGGGUCCCGUAUCAGCUGGUAGAGGUACUCUCCUGUCCAGGAGGCUGCCUGAAUGGCCGUGGGCAGUGUGAGGGGGAGGGCGGACGUGCGGACAAGGCCCUGCUGCAGCAGAUGGAGGAGGCCUACAGCAGCCUGCCCGUCAGGCUGCCGGAGAUGAACCCCGAGAUCCAGCGGCUGUACCACGACUGGCUGGAAGGCCAGGACUCCCCGCCAGCCAUGCAGGCUCUGCACACCCAGUAUAGCCAGAGGCAGUCUCAGCAGCUGCCUCCAGACAUCCAGUGGUGAAGGACAGGGCCACUGCUGAAAGGAGCUAGGAUCCAUGCUGCCAGCACGAGACUGUUGAUUGAUCACAUGUAUUGCGUAAGGAUGGAAGAGCACAAGAUUACCGCCAUAUUGCCGGUAUGGAAUGGAAGCCAACCUCACUGGCAGUGAUCCUGAUGUGACCAAUGAAGUUCAGUGCGAUUGGUUUGGUGCUGAAAGACUAGAAUGCAGGCCAGUGGGGUAUGGAUUCAUUUGGUAGUAUUUAAUCUGUGACAAAUUUUGGAAUUUUGGGGAGUGAAAAAUGUAUACAUUUCAUUGGACAUUUUAGUAUUGUUACAUUUCCACAAAACGCCUCCUGUAAUAAACCUAUGCAGUUCACUUACUACAUUGCCUGGAAAAUCCUGUACCUUUUAUGGCAGAAUAAUUGACACAUCUUUGGAUAACUCUGCUGAAGUGAGGACACUGCAGAGGGGGGAUAUUUAGUGUUUUUAGUACUUGUAAGUCUGGUAAAUUUUCCCACCAGUUUUCCGUCUUGUCACGCAUUAAAAUGGAUUUUGUUUGUGUAGGUUUUAAAAAUCUGUAUUAUGUAAUUAACACCCAACAAAAAUAAAAAAUGAAAUUUUAUUGGCCAAAUGGUAA